CCAGAGGGACUGCUCCGAGCUGACUCUCUGCUUCUUUCCAGCCAGAGCCACUGCCUUGCCCCACGAGACCGAAGACAUGGCACCCAAGAAGGCCAAGAGAAGGGCAGCAGCAGAGGGCGGAAGCUCCAAUGUCUUCUCCAUGUUUGACCAGACUCAGAUCCAGGAGUUCAAGGAGGCCUUCACUGUAAUCGACCAGAACCGUGAUGGCAUUAUCGACAAGGAGGACCUUCGGGAUACCUUCGCAGCCAUGGGCCGCCUCAAUGUGAAAAAUGAGGAGCUAGAUGCCAUGAUGAAGGAAGCCAGUGGUCCCAUCAACUUCACCGUCUUCCUGACCAUGUUUGGGGAAAAGCUCAAGGGUGCUGACCCUGAAGAUGUGAUCACUGGAGCAUUCAAGGUCCUGGACCCUGACGGGAAAGGCACCAUCAAGAAGCAGUUCCUGGAGGAGCUGCUUACCACUCAGUGUGACCGCUUCACUAAAGAUGAGAUCAAGAACAUGUGGGCAGCCUUCCCCCCGGACGUGGGCGGCAACGUAGACUACAAGAACAUCUGCUACGUCAUCACGCAUGGCGACGCCAAGGACCAGGAGUAGGGGACCCUCGUGGGCCUCUGCGGCCAGCGCUUCUAGCCAGUCCGACCCCCACCCGAAUCCCAAUAAAAUCCAACUGGUCUUCGUUUCUUA